CAAUUAUUAACCUACAUGAUUUUUCGUUAUCAUUCAAAAUGCGGUAAAAUAUGAAUCAUUAUCAUUUUGUAAAAUUUUUCAUCUCUUACAGAAGUUUGUGCCAAUAUUUCAUGUGAAUCCGCGUAAUUAAUUUUUCAAGUACAUACUUAAAAUAUUGGAAUGUGUUGGCUACAUUGACACAUGAGGUCAAGGCCAAAAAUUCAAUCAAUAAUGGAUCCGUGGGUAUGUUGUCAAACAGACAUCGCUAUUUCGGAAAAAUCAACAAAAUUCGAAUUUGAAGAUAAUUUCACACCUUCUAUAAGUAACAAAUUGCCUGACUCUGAAGAAUAUCUAGCUGUCCUAGAAGAAAAAUUAAGAAAAAUCAAGAACGACCCGAAUAUUCUAGCACAGUUAGCUGCAAAAAGAGAAGCUUGUAUGCAAGAAUUUUUAAAUGAUAAUAAUUUUCAUGGAAUAGAUCGUGUAGAUGAAGAGGUUUUAGAUUUAGAUGAACCAAUACCUAGUUCACAGAUACUGAGAGCGAUCGCACCACAAAAGCAAGCGCUGAACCAAGGAGAAGUUAUUGAAUUUGUCAAAUACGACCAAUUAGAUAAUGAUAGUGAUUCCUCUGUGAAUCAGAGCAGUACAGAUUCAUUAAAUAAAUAGGUUUAACAUGAAGCCCCUCCUAUUCCUUCUAAAAUUGGCAUGGGACUGUAGGUACCGGCUUCCGCUUCUCAUAACAGUAGGUUUCAUGGUAUUAGAUGUCAGAAUGCAAUUGGAUAUUAACGUGCAAACUAGAAGAGUUCCAAGAACUAGACGUGCUCCUCCAAGACUAGAUAGUAUUGCAGAAAAUCAAGUCGGCACUUCAGAUGAAUCUUGGAGCACGGUUGAGGAAUUAGAAGAAAUAGACGAAGAUUAAAUUAAACCAUGUGAUUUAAAUGUAAUGAGACUGCUGUUAAAGGAAGUGAUAAUAUGGAUGCCCUUUAAUUUUUUAUAAUUUAUUUAAUGGUUUAACUUAUUUUAAGAUAUUUGAUACAUAUUUGUUAAAACUGUCCAAUGCAAUUGAGUAAGUCAUGUCAACAAUAUUAAAUAAAAC